AUGGCUGGGUCAGGUAGAGGAAGAGGACAUGCUUCAUUUGCCUUCAACAUGGAGGCUCUUGGCUUUGGUAAAGGUGCAGCUCUACCUCAUGUCAUCUGUAAGCUUCCACCACCAUUUCCGAGUACGAACAACAAGCCAGUGCCUCUGAAAAUAAGAGAAGAUGAAGAUUACAUGUUGGCCUUAAAACAAGAUCUUAGAGAAACUAUGAAAAAAAUGCCAUACUUCUUGACAGUAGGAGAUGAACAUCAAAGGUUUUUGAGAAAUAGUCAGAAGUACCAGGACAAUGCAAAGGAGCAGGAAACACUGACACCAGAUUGGAGAAGACUCCCAAGAGAGAUGAAACCAAAGAAGGCAAACAAAAAAGCUUUUUCCUGCAGAAUUGUAAUCCUUGAAAAGCAGUUGGUAGUGGUAGUUCUUACAGAAAAACAGAUUUUUAUUACACAGUAUCAUUUGUUUUUCAAAGAAAAUGACUACAUUUCUUCCUAUUUUGAAGAUGGAGAUGGCUUUGGUGUUGUCAGUGAUGACAAUAUGGUUGAAGGAACAUAG